AUGUCUGUGUUCAUGUCCAAGGCGUCGAUGCGCCUGCACGGCUGCUGCAUCUUCUUUGCGCUCGGCUCGCUGGUCUGGGGCUACAACGUCGGCAUCAUCUCGGCCGUCCUCGUCCACCCGGGCUUCAUCAAACAGCUAAACCACCCGGACGCCGCUCACAAGGGCGUCAUCACCGCCAUCUACUAUCUGGGCACCUGGACGUCGUACGUCUUUCUGUCCCGCGCCGCCAGCGACUAUCUCGGCCGCCGCUAUGCCGCGCUGCUGGGCACAUUUGUUGUGUGUGUCGGGUCGGCGCUCCAGGCGGGCGCCACCGGCGGCGGGGCAUAUGCGAUGGUGAUCGCCGGCCGCAUCAUUGCCGGCGUGGGCGUGGCCAUUGUGAGCACGGGCGUGCCGCUCUACCAGAGCGAGAUUGCGCCGGCCCGGCAGCGCGGCCGCUUCGUGGUGAUGAACCACAUUGGCAUGGUGGGCGGGCUGGCGGCCGGGUUCUGGGUCGGUUAUGCCAUGACCUUUUGGGACACGCCGCGCGGCGACGCCGUCGGCUGGCGCGCGGCGCUGUCGGUCCAGUUUGUGCCGGCCGUGCUCUUCAUGCUAGGCCUGCCUUUCCUGCCGGAGACGCCGCGCUGGCUCGUCGAGCACGGCCAGCUGGUGCGCGCGCGCGCCUCGCUCGACUACUUCCGGCAGGGGCUGGCGCACGCGGCGCCCGACGCUACGCAGCACGAGUUCGACGAGAUCUGCGCCGACGUCGCCGCGUCGCGCGCCUCGGGCCUCGACGGGACCUCGCUGUUUCGCGAGCCGUCGCUGCGCCGCCGGCUGUGGCGCGCCGCCCUCCUGCAGUUCAUGGCCCAAAUGUGCGGCGCCACCGCCAUGAAAUACUACCUACCGACGCUGUUCAAGGCGCUGGGCCUCGGCACGCGGCUGUCGCUGCUGGCCGGCGGCAUCGAGAGCACCCUCAAGAUCGGCUGCACCGUCCUCGAGAUGCUCAUCAUCGACCGCAUUGGCCGCCGCAUCACCUUGACCGUCGGCGCCGCCGUCAUGUCCGUCGCCCUGCUCAUCAACGGCGCCCUCCCGCUCGCCUACCCGGACAACACCAACCGCGCCGCCGACUACACGUGCAUUGUUUUCAUCUUUGUCUACUCGCUCGGCUACAGCAUGGGCUUCGGCCCCGCCGCCUGGGUCUACGGCUCCGAGAUCUUCCCCACCAGCCUCCGCGCCCGCGGCCUCAACCUGUCGGCGUCCGGCGGCGCCAUCGGCUCCAUCGUCGUCGCCCAGGUCUGGCCCGUCGGCAUCGCCAACCUGGGCUCGCGCAUCUACUUUUUCUUCAUGGCCAUCAACAUCGUCUGCGUGCCCAUCAUCUGGUACCUGUACCCGGAGACGAAACACCUCGCCCUCGAGGAUAUGGACGCGCUGUUUGGUGCUGUGGCCAUGGGGUACGACCACGGCCACAAUCAUGACCACGAACACACUCACGACAGGAGAGGAGUCGGCGUCGGCAAUGGCGUCGGCAUCGGUGCCGCAUCGUCAUCGCCAGAGCCACCUGCCGAGCAGAUCGCUGUACGGGCCGACCGUGGCGAUGCGGCCAAGCUGGUGCAUGCCGACGAGGAGUCAUAG